GCGAGAGGAGCCUCGAUGAGACGGCCACAAUGAAACUGUCAAGCAGGCCGAGGCAGAUCGCAUCCCAAUCUGAGGCCGGAGGAGCAUGAUCCCACCACAGCCGGCGUCCACCCUGGCGCAUACGGACGCUGCGACCGACAUGGCUUCCGCCGACGAAGACGACUCCGGUACGCUGGCCGACGAUCCCCUGGUGACGCUGAACGCAUCAGCAGCCGCCGAAAUGCUCCUCCUGGCAUUGGGCCCCAAGCGCGACCCGCUAACCACGGUUAUCCCAAUGACGCUCAUCUACUCUGUCCUACUCGUCUCCGGAGUGGUCGGCAACGUCUGCACGUGCAUCGUCAUCGCGCGCAACCGGUACAUGCACACGGCGACCAACUACUACCUCUUCAGCUUGGCCGUCUCCGAUCUGCUCCUGCUGGUGCUCGGGCUGCCCCAAGAACUGUACCAACUCUGGCAGCGGCACCCGUACGUGUUCGGAGAGGCAUUCUGCGUACUCCGAGGUCUGACCUCGGAGACCUCGACCAACGCGUCCAUACUGACGAUCACCGCGUUCACGAUCGAGCGCUACGUGGCGAUCUGCCACCCGCUGCGGGCCCACACCAUGUCCAAGUUGUCCCGGGCCGUCAAGUUUGUCGUCGCCAUUUGGGUCCUGAGUGCCGUGUGUGCCGUCCCGCUCGCCGUCCAGUUCGGCAUCGUCCACCAGACGCUGGACGGCACGACGGUGCUUCCGGAGACGGCCGCAUGCACGGUCAAGGACCCGCUGGAACACGCCUUCGAACUGUCCACGUUCGUGUUCUUCUUGCUGCCCAUGAGCGUCAUUCUGGUGCUGUACGUUUGCAUAGCGCUGCAGCUGAAGCGCUCCGACGCCCUGUCGCGCCAGGACGUGCACCACAAGUGUCCCGCCUCGAACAGCCCCAGCACCAGUGUCGUCAACGGGAAGGGCGACUCCUCGUCCGCCACGGGGCACAAACAGAGUUCGGCUGUGGUGCAGCCGCUGCCCAGCAAGCUGCAGAGGGGCUGCCAGCUAAGGAAAUCGGUUCGCGGAGGUGCAGCCGCGUCAUCGUCCCGCAAGGCGGUCAUCAACAUGCUGAUUGCCGUGGUGGUGGCGUUCUUCAUCUGCUGGGCCCCGUUCCACGCUCAGCGCCUGAUGGCCGUCUACGCAAAGGUGCCGACGCCGGCGCUCGAGAUUGCCUUCAACCUGCUCACGUACGUCUCUGGCGUCACGUACUACGUGAGCGCCACCAUCAACCCCAUCCUGUACAGCAUCAUGUCGCUCAAGUUCCGCCAGGCCUUCCGGGACACGCUCAUGCGCUGCUGCGGCCGCCACCGCGCCACGCGCCAUGAAUGGAACUCGGCGGAGUGCUACGUCUCAAACCACCAGCUUCACACGACACCGUCGACGGUGUGAACAACACACCCUCGCCGCCAAGUACAGCGACCUGCUAACGUUUUCUCCCCCUCAAGACUGUGCACUGUGACUGUGGUUCCUGUGGGAAUUACCUUCACGAGUAUCUUAGCAGACAAUAUGGACGUCUUGCCACUUCGAAGUGACAACGGCGAGUGUAUUUUGCCUGCGAAAGCUUACUCUCUGUACCAAGACUGUAAAAAAAAGUGGCUGUGGAUUAACACUUACUGGUAUGAUCAUAUAGUUACAAGAUCUGGAGGAGGCACUCUAAGAUGAAUGAAGGGGGCGCUUAAGAAAGCACCUAAGUUAAGAAACCCUGCAUAUAAAUUCCAUCACAAUAUUGUCCUUGACUAACCGGCGAACACUAUUACAAAAACAUGCUGAAGUACAGUGGUGCUUGCUUACUGCGAGUACUGACUCUUUAAAACAGGGUAUGUUCUGUGCUGGAACUAUACAAUUCAGAGAACACCGUAAGCAUAUAUUCAAGCUAGUCAUUACUUUGACUUUGUACUGGAGUUGUGGGCUGUGUACUGGAUGAACGAUCCAACAGGCCUGUAUAGGCCUCCUCCUGAAACACGACCAAGUUGGCACACUUUGUGUGUGGUCCUAUAUAUGCGAAAUUUUGGCAAACUUGUCAUGGCACUCUGCUCUUGCGAUGUGCUGCUCGUGUUUACUGCUUUUCUAAGAACAGUAUUAUAUCGACAAAGCUAAAGAACGACUAUUUCAUACAUUUGAUAUAUGCUAAUUUAUUCACGUUAACGUCCACUGUUAAGUAUUACAUGCUCAGUGCUAACAUCAGUGAAUAGAAUUGUUUCAUUGUGCUCAGGAAAGAUACACGAACACAGUGCUGCUGCGUAUCUGUACUGGCUAUCGCAAAACCCUUCAAAUACUUGUAUUUUUAUGUAUCAGUCUAAGAAAAUGACCACAGUUUGUAUGUAUAAGCAAAGCGCUUUUGCAGCUGUCCUGUGUGCCACGUGAGCAUUGUUCGGCAAGGUGGCUUACGUAAAUGACCCAGCCUCCUGCUAAAACAGGAUGGCCGUCAGAGUGCGCUUGCAGAAAACCCUGGAUUCAAGAUCGAGCAGGUGAAGUUAUCGCGUGGAAAUUCUCCUCUAGCAGUCACUACUCUCCUCCUCAUACAAACCCAAUUGUGGUUCUGUUGAACUAAAAUAGUGAACAAAACACAAUAUAGCAGUUAUUAUAUUCGUGCUUU